AUGCCUGGUAUUAUCAAGCGCUCUGUGAGUCGGUUAAGCUUCGUGAGAUAUUUCCACAACUACAACAGAGUCUAUGUAGCCCAGAUCUGGCUCUCUCUAUUCGAGUACAAACGGUCGGACCUCAACCCAGUCAUAUCGAGCACACAAUUUUCCCGCCAGGGGACAGCUGACGGCGAGGCUGUACAACUGGCUGUGCAAGACAACAGCCAUACAAUCUACGGUCUCGAGUGCGGGACAGAGUACAUCUUCUACAUCACUGCACACAACGAUAUAGGUAAUGCAGGGGGCUGUCCCAUCUCCCACUUCGUUGUCCAGCUCCGCGACUCCAGCAACCACUGGACCACGGUGAGCUCGGAGGUGUUGCCGAGCAGGACGUUCGCGGUGACGGGCUUGUCGGGCGGGGUGGACUACGACAUUCAGGUUACGGGGCACAACGCAGCCGGCGCCACCAAGGCGCUCUACUCCAUCUCUACCCCGCUACCACAAACUGAUGGAUCACUGACGGCGUGGGGCGGCUCCAGCGGUCACAACAGCGUCGAUCGCAACUCGCCGCUAUGGCGCGACCUGCGCAUUCUCAUCCCUAUGGCGCUGUCCACACUCGCUCUUCUGGCCACACUCGUCAGGAUCUGCAUCUGCGUUAGGAGAAGCAAAACCAUGACAAAACAUAACCCUGCUGAUGACGAAGUGGCUGAUGGCGGAGCAUCGAAGGUUGCUCAGGACGGCCACGACUCUUCUAUGCUCAGGGAGAAACAGGACCUCGAAAACCCAGUCAAGACACGCUCACAUUUCCAAAGAUUUCCGCAGCCUUUGCCGAAUGCGGACCACCUUCGGAAUGAUUACCCAGGGGAGUCGGACGUGUAUCACUACGCGGACAGCACCUACCAUCUAGGGGCGGUAUCACCAAUACCCCAAGCCCCGCUGCCCCGACCUCCGUACGAGGCGAGGGACGGGGCCUAUACAGAGGACACGAGCCAGAGGAGCUACGCUACUCUUGUGUACCAAAUACCAUCGCUCACAUACCGACAAGCUCCUGCAGGGGAAGAACUCACCAGAGAAACGGAGGUCCGCUUCCAGAAGCUGAACGCACAACCCAUCACCAACAUUGACCACACUCUCAACCGCUUCAACACCAUCAUCGCCGAAGCUGAUAAGAAAUAUGUCCCCAAAGCAAACAGGAAAAAGUACAAUCCUAAUUUCACACCUGAUAUCUCCCGUCUCAUCAGAACACGCAACAACCUACGAUACACACCAACACCACACUCACAGGAGUAUCACGCACGUCUGAGUGAGGCCAGUCGCUGGCCCAGCUCGGUGCUGACGGUGCAGGCGCAGGACGCUGACACGGGGGCGUACGGCGCCGUCAGCUACGCCCUCGGGGGGGAGGCCGCUAUGAUGUUCGUCAUCAACGACACCACUGGCGAGGUGGUGGUCGCCCGGGGGGCGGUGCUGGACCGGGAGCAGCAGGCGACGCUGACGCUGGAGGUGACCGCCACCGACACCCCGGGGGGCGGCCUGACCAGCCGCUGGGCCGCCGUUAAGGUGUUCAUCGAGCUGACUGACGUGAACGACGAAGUGCCUGUAUGGAGCGAGGAAGGCUACACGGCAGUCGUGGCCGAGAACGCAGCCAUCGGAACGCCCGUCACGCACGUCGUGGCCCACGACCCUGACGAGGGCCUCAACGGACUCGUCCGAUACUUCCUCCCUGAGAACCAAGUCCCGCUUGAUGGUCAGUGUUGCUCGUUAGUGUUCAGCGGUCUAGUGCGGGCUAUGGACCAGGGCAGCCCUCAGCAGUUCUCGGAGGUCAUCAUCAAGCUCUACAUCGGCGACGUGUCUUCCAACGACGGCGUCCCGAAGUUCAUACAUCCCAUGCCUAACGAAGUCGCGUCUGUCCUGGAAGAAUCGGAGCCCGAGUCAGGUUUCGACAAUGCUAACAAUGGCCUCUUCGUCAUCGACUCGCAGACAGGCGUGAUCAGCACGCAGGCGCCCCUGGACCGGGAGCGGCAGGCGCAGUACAGCGUCGUGGUGGUUGCCCAGGAUCUCGGCAGGCCCCCCCAGCAGACGUCGCGGGUGCUCGUCAUCAACGUCACCGACGCCGACGAUAACGACCCCAUCUUCCUCAAGCAUGACCGUGUAGUGGAGCUGCAGGUGGAGGAGGAGGCCGCCCCAGGCACGGUGGUGGGGGAGGUGGCUGCCACUGACAGGGAUGAGGGUGACAACGCUUAUAUUGACUACGCCAUCACUUACGGUAACGACGAAGGGCUGGUGUCGCUAGAGAGGACCGACAACAACACAGCUCGUCUCAUCGUCAGGAGGAGGAUUGACCGGGAGAAGAUGAGUUCCUUCACGCUGACGAUCGCCUGUGGCAAACUUGGUAGUCGCCUGCCUUCCCGCCUGCAGUACAGUGAAGGCGACCCCAGCCUGCUGCAGGUCAUGAUCCUGAUCGACGAUCUAGACGACAACAAGCCCAAGUUUGACGCAGACCUGCUACAGGCGGGGGUGCGGGUAGACGCUCCUCUACAGACGCAGGUCGUUACUGUGCACGCCGUCGACGCUGACCCGACGUCGCCCCCUGUCAGAUACGGCAUCCACAACAUGACGUUCGAGCACUCGUCGGCGUCGUACCCGCUGCUGCCCUCGGGGGUGAUGGAGACCAGCGGGGCAUUCCUGCUGGAGGAGAACACAGGGCGUCUCCUGACACACGCGCCCCUCACGCGCUACACGCACGGCACCUUCACCAUCAUCGUCACCGCCGUCAGCGAGCCUCAGCAGCAGCCUGUCUUUGCCACUAUUAAGGUGGUGGUGGUGCGAGACUCUGACCUGAUGCGCUUUGUGUUCAACACGCCCCCCGGGGAGAUCAGGCCCAAGCUGAAGACAUUAAUGUCCUUCUCCAAGACAGGUUCGUGUUUCCAACUGGAAGACCGCAACCGCCAAGACACGCAAGUGCUCAUGGAUGCCGAGGGCAACUCUCGCCUCAAAGAAGUCUUCGCGAAAUACGGAGUUGCGAAAGUUGAGCGUUGCGUGGCUCGCUCGUUGAGUCGCGCGGGGGCGGCGGACUGGGUGGAGGUCUGGGUGCUGCUGCUGGCCGCGCUCAUAGGCGUGGGUGCUGCCAUAGCCGCCUGUACCGUCUGCUGCCUCUACUCCAGGUACAAGAAGAAACUGCGGAAGCAACAACCACACUUCAGAUUAUUGGACUCCCCUGGGCCUGGUCACAUGGGCCCCGCGGGUCCAGGUUCCAUCAUAAUGCUGCCUCCUGGGCCCGCCGUUCACCCUGGGCCCAUGGGAGGAGGCCCAAUGCAUCACUCGUCCGUGCCACCGUCAGAAGCAGGACGAUCAUACGAGUGGCAGGAGCGGGGCAUUCCUAUUGAUGCGAUAUCCUUCAGCAGCACUGCGCGAUGAUUUGUAAUAGUUGAUAAUUAUCUACGUUUAUUUGUAAUUUAUUUGUUAUAUGAAAUAAAAACAGCAACGUUAGUUUUUGAGUCAGAUUAGUGUGUGUUUCUAGAUGUUAGACAAAAAUUAUACAUAGCGUGCGAUGCCCAACAACAUAUGUUAUUUAAAUCCGAAUGAAAAGUUGUAAUUUGUUUAUAAUAAUAAUAAUAAGUUUGGUGCAAGAUACAGAAUUGGCAGCAGUAGUGCGCGCAGCCUGCGUUCAAAUUGCCACACUCGUCACUUGACUUCCUUUCAUUGGAACUUAUCGUGGCCAACUGUGGCUAAAUCGUCGAAUAAGACUAACUCUGUUGGUUUUGUGACAUACGAUAUUAUAUGCAUUUGGAAUCAACAAGUAGUUUCAAAAAUAUAGGUUUAUAAUCCGGUAAAUCAAUGUUAAUUUCUGCCAAUCUAAUAUAAAAAUUUAAAUUGUGAGGCAUGCCUGUAGGUGAGAAAUUAAUACUGACCUUGUCGAGGAAGCGCCGCAACUCUUAAACUUGUCGUCAGUUAAUAACAAUCAGCAUAUGCGUGGAUGGUUCUAACUUAACAUUUCGUGGUCUUAAGUGACCUAAAUCAUCCUGGGCACAAUCCCAGAUCGACCUCCCCUGCAACACUA